AUGGCCCUCUACCGCCAGAUCUGGGCCUUGACUGAGAAGACGCUGAGAAUCGUCAUCACUCGUCACAUCUCCUCGACCGUCUACAGCGCCCUCGUGCUUCCCAUCGUCCUCACCGUCUACAUCGGCAUUGGUCAGAAAUUCACUCAACCCGACGACAAGUUCGGUAUUGGGUCUCCAGUCGAUAUAUUUUCUCUCGAGACCGCCCUCUCCAAGGCUAACGGCGGUCGAGACACCGUCGUCUUUGUCAACAGCGGCCACACUGGCGGCGACAUAGAACGUAUCGUCGACUCUAUUUCCGAUACGGUCACGAGAGCCGGCAAGAAUGCAACAACGAUACAAGACGAAUCCGACUUGGGAUACAUCUGCCGAGGUACCAUCCGCGGCACUUCCAACUGCUUCGGUGCUGUGGUGUUUUACUCUUCUCCUGACGAAGGCAGCGAUGACUUCUGGAACUACACUUUGCGUGCUGAUGCUGGCCUUGGGGGCAGCUUUCGGACGGACAAGGGCAAUAACGACGCUCAGAUAUACGCACUUCCUCUCCAGCGAGCCGUGGACGCUGCCAUUGCUGGUCUCAAAUCGGGAUCCUCUUUUCCGGAAACGACGCAGCAGUACCCCUAUACCGAACUGACCGAGGACGAACACCAGGCUGAGUUGCGGCGAAAAUAUCAAAGCUCCUUCAUCAAAUACCUGAGUGUGAGUUUCUUAGCCGCCAUGAUUGGAGUGUGCUAUCACAUGCCUGGCUUUAUUGCUACGGAACGAGAAAAGGGCAUGUCCCAGCUGAUCGACGCCAUGAUGCCCACCCGCCAGGGCUGGCAUCGCCAAUUCGCCAGGCUCAUCUCCAAUCACCACGCCUUUAUCAUCGCCUACAUGCCAGGCUGGAUUGUCGCUUCGAUUGUUGCAAGAGUUCUCAUUUGGACAAACACUAGCUUCGGCAUCCUGAUCAUCUUCUUCCUUCUCAGCGGCAUCGCCAUGACUUCCAUGUCUCUUCUCGGAGCAUCCUUCUUCAAAAAGGCUCAGCUUUCAGGAAUAGUCACUGCUGUCACCUGGCUCGUGCUUGGCAUCGUGGCCCAGGUCGUUCCACACCCCAGCACUGCCGCAGUCGCUGUCCUCAGCUUGCUCUUCACCCCGUGCAACUUCGUCUACUUCAUCAUCUACAUUGCUCGGUUCGAACAGGAUGGAAAAGCGGCGGAUUUAGCACACGCACCGCCGAGUGGCACGUCCAGGCUGCCCGGUAUCGUUCACUGGAUCUUUUUCAUCAUCCAGAUGAUUGUGUAUCCUGCCGCCGCAGCUUCUGUAGAGCGGGCUUUACAUGGUGUGAGCACAGGAACCCGAAAAUCAACAGCCCUCCCAAAUACAGCCGGUGGCCUCCAAGAAACGGUCCGCCUUGAAAACAUGACCAAGAUUUACAAACCGAGUGUGCUGCGCAAAUUCUUCUCCUUUGUCUCACCGCCAAGGCCAGAGGUAGUGGCUGUGGAUGACCUCACCUUGACGGCCAAAAGGGGGGAGAUCUUAGCACUGCUUGGUGCCAACGGCAGCGGCAAAAGUACCACGCUUGAUGCGAUUGCUGGUAUCAGUGAUUUUACGAGUGGAAACAUUUCCGUUGACACGUCUGGCGGUCUUGGAUAUGCUCCCCAGCAAAACGUUCUCUGGGAUGAAUUGACCGUUGAGGAACACAUCCGUCUGUUCAGCCGCAUCAAAGACCCUCUCAAGAAGACGUCGGACACCGCCAUUGCGGCUCUGAUCGAUGCUAUUGGACUACGCUCAAAGGCAAAGGCUUGGUCAAAGACUCUCUCUGGAGGCCAAAAAAGAAAGCUGCAGCUGGGACUGAUGUUGGUUGGCGGAAGCUCUGUCUGCUGUGUUGAUGAAGUCUCCUCUGGCAUCGAUCCCCUGUCGCGCAGGAAGAUUUGGGACAUCCUUCUGAAAGAGCGUGGCUCGCGGACAAUCAUCAUGACGACUCAUUUCCUUGAUGAGGCUGACUUGCUUGCCGACAACAUUGCUAUCCUGUCCAAAGGAACGCUGAGGGCUGAAGGCUCUUCUGCUCAACUCAAGGACACUUACGGUGCGGGCUACCGCAUUCAUGUGCUGAACCCGAAGAGCUUGAAUGAGGUGCCCGAUAUAGAAGGCGUCACAAAGAAGGUUGGGACAAACAACGUGACUUACCUGUCAUCGUCUUCGGACCAGGCUGCCAAAGUAAUCCGGGCUCUGGAAGCUGGGGGCAUCCCGUACAAAACCUCCAGCCCAACCAUUGAAGACGUCUUUCUCCACUUGGCUGAGGAGGUCCACGGAGAUGGCUCCCAGAGGCAUCCCAAUGUCGUCAACGAAAAGGCCGCCAAGAUCGCAAGCGAUAAUACACCGUUGGCUGACGAGAAUCCGGCACUGCUCACAGGACGGCAGAUCGGCAUGGUCCAGCAGACGGGCGUGCUUCUGAGAAAGCGGUUUACGGUUCUCAAGACGAAUUGGCUCCCCUAUGCGGCGGCUUUUCUGGUCCCCAUCGUCGCCGCUGCGGUGAUUCAACUGCUUGUUCGCAACGAUGAGCUGGUCGGCUGUUCACCCACGCAGAGGAGCAGUCAUACAACAAAUGAUGAUUUCUUCAAGCUCUUGGAUACCGCCCAUCUUGUUGGGGGCCCAUCGUCCAAAUUUGACAGCUCCUCGGUGGAAGACCUAUUCAAGCCAAUGCUACCUACUUCGGCCAGCUCCCGAAAACGUGACAGCUCUACUUCACUCGGCAACAUCACCAUCGAUCUUGUAGAUUCACUCGCUUCUAUGGAGGAUUUUAUCGAGAAGAAUCGGAGGACCGUUACGCCUGCCGGUCUCUGGCUCGGCGACUCCAACUCAGCGCCGACGCUGGCAUUCAAGACGGACAAUUCUUCCAUGUACUCUGCGGUUUUGGGCCAAAGCUUUCUGGACACGAUCCUCGCUAAUACUACCAUCGCAACGUCCUACAAAGAGCUUGAUUAUCCCGUGGCUCCUUCAACGGGCAGAGGACUCCAACUCGUGGUCUACUUUGCUGUUGCUUGUUCCAUUUUCCCCGGUCUCUUUGGUCUGUAUCCCAACACCGAGCGCCUCAAGAAUGUCCGCAGCCUGCAAUAUUCCAGCGGUGUUCGUACCCUACCGGUCUGGGCUGCACAUGUCAUCUUCGACUUUGGCAUCAUUGCCGUCCCCAUGAUCUUGGCGGCCAUGUUACUUGUCGUGUCUUCAGAUUCAUGGUAUAAUGGGGGCUAUCUGUUUCCCAUCUUCAUCUUCUACGGUCUGACAACAAUCAUCAUCUCUUACCUCUUUUCGCUCCUUUGCGCAAGCCCAAUGGCGACCUAUGCCAUGACUUCCGUCGUUCAAUCGGUCGGUUUCGCCGUCUACAUCAUUGCGUACCUCUUCAUCCUUACCCUUUCACCAGCCGCAUACACCGAUCGAAACGUCCUGAUAGCACAUUGGAUCAUUGCUGCCAUCUUCCCCACGGGCUCGCUCGUCCGCGCAUUGAUGGUCGGCCAAAACAUCUUUUCAACGACGUGUGACAACGACCGACUUCAACCGAACCCUGCAGCAAUGGUUGCGUACGGCGGUCCUCUGCUGUACCUUAUCUUGCAGGCAAUCUUCUGGUUCUCGAUCGUCAUCUGGAUCGAAAGCGGCGCCGGUCGAUAUGCCCCUGAAAAGGCAAAGAGCUCCCCUGAGAUUGACGACCCAGAGAUUGCAGAAGAGCUCGUCCGCGUAGACGGUCCAGACGGCGCAUCCGACGGCCUCCGCGUCGUACACCUGACCAAGGCCUUUGGCAAGAACACUGCCGUCGACAACAUCACCUUUGGCGUCGAGCACGGCGAAGUAUUCGCCCUCCUCGGCCCCAACGGCGCCGGCAAGUCCACCACAAUCUCCCUGAUCCGCGGCGACAUCGCGCCCAGCCGCAACGGCGGCGACGUCUUCGUCGAGGGCGUCUCCAUCACCAAGCACCGCGCCGCCGCCAGGGCCAAGCUGGGCGUGUGCCCGCAGUUCGACGCCAUCGACAACAUGACGGUCCGCGAGCACCUCCGCCACUACUCGCGCCUGCGCGGCAUCCCCGACGUCGACCACCAGGUGCCCGCCGUCCUCCUUGCCGUCGGCCUCGAGGCCUACGCGGACGUCAUGGCGCACACCCUCUCGGGCGGCAACAAGCGCAAGCUGUCCCUGGGCAUCGCCCUCACGGGCAACCCGCCGGUGAUGCUCCUCGACGAGCCCUCGUCCGGCCUCGACGCCGCCGCCAAGCGCAUCAUGUGGCGCACCCUCGAGGCCAUCGUCCCCGGCCGCAGCAUCCUCCUCACCACGCACAGCAUGGAAGAGGCCGACGCGCUGGCCACCCGCGCGGGCAUCAUGGCCCGCCGCAUGCUCGCCCUCGGCUCGACGGACGCGCUCCGCCACCGCUUUGGCGACACCCUGCACGUGCACCUUGUCGCGGCCACGGCACCCCAUUCGUCCGCCGCAGAGAUGGACGCCCUCCGCGCGUGGGUGCUGAACAACUUCCCCGGCGCAGAGGUCGAACAGGAGACGUUCCAUGGACAGAUGCGCUUCUCGAUGCCUUCGUCCGCGGUGCCGCCGCUGCCGGUGGGCGCGGGCGCGGGCGCGGCGAACACGAGUGAGAGUGCGAGGGGACGGCUGUUGAUCAUGUUGGAGGAGCAGAAGGGGUAUCUUGGCGUUGCACAUUACAGCGUCAGUCCGACGACGCUCAACGAGGUUUUCCUUAAUAUUGUCGGGAAGCAUGAUGUUCAGGAAGAAGGAUAUACUACGACCGAUGGAGGCGAAAAGAAGCCUUGGUGGAAGUCAAGGAUCAUGAGGAGGUUUUAG